UUGAUUAUGACGCCAUCAUUAUUGUGACGUAUUGUUAAAACGUCACAAAGGUAACUAUUAUAUUAUGAUCUACAAGUAGGCAAACAAUGGGUAUCUUUCAGAGCUGUCUAGCAAGAAAUAAUAAGGUUGGGGUGAUGGGAAAGGAAGAAGCUGAGGAGUACGAGAAGGUGAUUCGUACAAUGGUCACCGAAGAAGUGACGGAGAAGAAGGGGGGAGUAGCAUUUGGCUUGUCCUUCAUCUCAGAGGAGGGGACACCGAAACCAGUGCCGAGCAGACUGGUGUCCAGCGACAAAGAGGAGGACUUUGAGAAAUGGAGAGAAAAUCAAGCAAAAACCCAGACAGAAAAGCAGGAGCAGGCGCAACAGCGAAGAGAGGAAUCUCUUGUACAGAAGAAAAUUGAAAAUGCUCACAGAGAGAUGGAGAGACUUGAAAAAUAUGUGAAUGUCUGUGAUGGUUAAACUUGUAUCCUCAUCAGAUACCGUAUACAUCACGCAGUCUUAUCCAAUAGACUGAAAAUUGAAGGAUUUCCUGGAUCCAAAUGCGGAAAUGAAAUUUUUAAAAAACUUUAAAACUGUUUUUUUUUCAUAAUUGAACUUUUUUUUUCUUAUUUGUCCUCUAAAUAUUUGCUCACACUAAAGUUAAAGACGUUUGUUUUCGAGAUUCCUGAAUAUAUCAUUUUGUUGGCUCACUAGAAGAUAUUUAUAAUAUCGAGGGGGUGUUCGAUGAUACAAUCUAUAUCGGUAAUAAGUGGUAUGUUAUUU